CGAAACGUGGACCUCGCCGCCUUCUCCUGCCCUGAUGCGCGGAGGGUGAGUAGCCAUGCUGGUUUGCAGUCAAAGAACAAGAUCCAGGUCCAGUAGCACUUUAUUGGACCAGAAGUCUACCUUAUACCAAAUCAGACCAUUGGUCUAUGAAGGGACAUGCCCAUGUGCAUGAUUUGCACAAAUCUGUGACCAGCUUUUGAAGAUGGCUUUAUUAAAACUGCUCCCGCAAGAUCCAGAAGAUGAGGGCACACAGAGGUGCAGAUUGGGGCCUGCCACUUUCUCUUCCCUGGGUGCCAAACUGGGCUCGCCUGUUAAGAUCACCCUGCCCUCUGGCACUUGCCUGUGCACUGCCUGGCCUAGGCAUGACUUGGCUGAUGGCUACUUGCAGCUUGACCUCAAGUGUAGAACUCGCAGCAUAAAAGUGGACCAUUUACGGAAUCUCACUCUGAGCACUGAUCUCCUGCAAGUCCAGGGACGUCAUAAACUUAGAAAAAUGACUAUCAGGGUGGUCCUUAAGAACCGUGCUGUGAAGAAAUACACUUCAGAAGCAAUGCUGCAGGAGCUGGCCAAAGAGCUGCUACGAAAUGCUUGUGUUGCCCUUCAUCACGUUGUUACGUUUGGCCCAAUUCUGGGAAAUCCAAUGGCAUGCAUUGAAGUAUUGUCUAUGGAGCCUGCCACAGAGGAAGUUGGCUUAGUAACUCUCAAAACCAAUGUCUUUGUUCACGAGGUGGUCACGCUAGACUGGUACAAACUUUUGGUAGAAGACCAUGCAAAAACUCUAGUGGCUGGAAUGGAGGAUGUCAGCAAGUCUUUGAAAGAGAUGAUCGACUUGCCUUUACACUUUCCAAAAACCUUCCAGGAGCUAGGUCUUUCUCUUCCUAGAGGAGUGCUUUUGGUAGGGCCCCCAGGUGUGGGUAAGACGCUUCUUGUCAAAGCAGUUGCUUGCGAAGUAGGUGCUUGUCUUCUGUGCCUCAACGGCCCUGUUGUGUAUGGUCCGAGACCUGGUGAAAGUGAGGAGAACUUGCGACGCAUGUUUGACCAAGCAAGAGAAAUGUCCAGCGAAGGACCGACAAUUCUGUUUAUUGAUGAGAUUGAUUCCUUGUGUCCCAAACGGGAAAGUUCCAAUAAUGCUCCUGAAAAUCGCCUGGUGGCUCAGUUGCUGACUCUUAUUGAUGGAAUUAAUGGAGGAAGUAAGAUGGUGAUUGUAGCAGCAACAAAUAGGCCCGAUGCUCUAGACCCUGCGCUGAGAAGGCCGGGCAGAAUUGACCGAGAGAUUAUCAUUGGAACACCAACCCUGACGCAGAGGAAGUCCAUUCUGCAGCUGAUUACUGCUGAUAUGCCCGUGUCCAGCAACGUCGAUUUGCUUGAACUUGCAGAGAUCACAACGGGUUACGUUGGAGCUGACCUUACGGCACUCUGCAGAGAAGCUGCUAUGCAGGCUGUGUUCCGUGCUUGUUCGGACUCAGUUAACAUGUCGGAUUUUUAUGAAGCUCUGAAAAAAAUUCGACCGUCAUCUUUUCGAAGUGGCAUUGGGCUGUCAGACUUUAAACCUGUCAACUGGGAUCAAAUUGGGGGCCUUGAAGAUGUGAAGCUAAAGUUAAAGCAGAGCAUCGAGUGGCCAAUAAAGUUCCCUGAGGCUUUCAUUAGGAUGGGUCUGGCCCGGCCAAAGGGUAUCCUUUUGUAUGGACCAUCCGGUUGUGCCAAAACUACGCUUGUAAAAGCAGCAGCCACAAGCUGCCACUGUUCCUUUCUGUCCGUGAGUGGCGCUGAUCUUUUCUCACCUUAUGUUGGUGAUUCAGAGAAGAUUUUGUCUCAGGUCUUUCGCCAAGCAAGAGCAAAUACACCAGCAAUAGUAUUUCUGGAUGAAAUUGAUUCUAUGCUGGGAUCCCGGUCAGUUGGUAAAACAGGGCAUGGUGUCCAAGAGAGAGUUCUUUCCGUCCUUCUCAAUGAAUUGGACGGCAUUGGACUAAAGGUCACAGAGAGAAGAGGAAAUAAAUUAGAGCUGGAUGGUGACUGUCCGGAACAAAAUGAAAAUGAUAAAGAGUUGAAACUUCAGGAAGUUUUCAACAAAGAUGUUGUCGUUGUUGCUGCAACAAAUAGACCAGACAUGUUGGACGAUGCCUUGUUGCGUCCUGGGAGAUUGGACAAGAUUGUCUAUGUUCCUCCUCCUGAUAAGAAGGGAAGGCUUUCUAUUUUGAAAAUCUGCACUCAAAGAAUUCCAAUAGAUUCUGACGUGUCCCUAGAAGAUAUAGCAUCCCGAGCUAAUCUGUUUUCUGGAGCUGAUCUUGAAAAUCUCUGUAAGGAGGCUGCUCUAUUGGCUCUGCAGGAGAACAGAGUUGAAGCAACAACUGUGAAACACAGACAUUUUGUGAUGUCAUUGGCGACUGUGAAACCAUCGUUAAUGCUCAAAGAGUUGGAACGUUAUGAAAAAUUGUUUAAAAAACAGGAAUGGCCUUUGUAAAGCAAUAGGAAGAAAAAAAACCUAUACUCCUUGUUUGUGUAACCAACUCAGAUGGCAGAGCUAUAAAGAAAAGGGAAAGUCACUAAGAAGCCACAAGAGCUGUCACACGAGUUCUCCCAAGCCUGCACAGUAUAUAUUACAGGGAUUCUACCCUACUUCAACAGAACCCUGUACUUAAUACUUGGAGACUUGGAGUGCAUGACGAGUUUUUGGUGACAUCACUGUUACUAGCCAAUCAGUACUGCAAACUGGAAGAAGUUUCUCUUCUGCUUGAUCCUAGAGAAAAAAGUCAUACAUCUCACAGUAUUAAUGCAGAUGCUCAGUAAGCCUCCUCUUGUUUUUACAUAUGCACCCCAUGUUUCUAAAGUAGAAUAAAUAUGCCUUAAAACAGUUAUUCGUGGAAUCUCAAGAUCUCAGGCAAGACACAGCCCAGGAUCUCGUGCAAGAUACGUAUGCAGUCAAGCCACUUAGGAAGAGGGAUGACAAUGUUCUCAGAUUCCAUGAUUGUGUGAGAGAGACAACACAAGUUGUGGAAGAUGCCAUAAUGCUUGGAAUCAAGGAAGCUAUAAAAUGUGUUGUUAGCUACCUUCCAGUCUUCUGUUAAGGAGGCUGGUUUUAGAGAAUUCUUUUCAAAAAGUGGAAGUCUUGCCUAAAUUAGGAAAAAAACUCUGGAAAAACAAAUUUAAUAAUAAGGCAGGCAGGGAGAGAAUUUGAAGAGCAGAUUGCUUAAAAACAUUAAAGCAAUGUCCCUUGUG